GUUCAUGAUUACCUCGUGUUCUUGAAAUCAAAUCGAUAGUUCAGUUAAUUUAAUUAAGCAAGUAGCAGCUAGCGAAGGGUCUUACAGAUAUCAAACCCCUGAGAAAAAGAGCGGGAAUGCGAAUUUCGACAAUAAUCUCCUCAGAACAAUUUUAGUCUACAACACUUAUAAAGAGAAUCAGUGACACUUGAAGAUGGAUUUUCCAAAACGCAGCAAGAUUAAGCCUUUAAAGACUCCAGACGAGGAGUCAAUUGAUCGAUUUGCACCACAUAACUGUAUGUUUUACAUUGUACCACCACAAAACGAUGUAAGUUUAAAGGAUUUUGAGGAACUGGCUAUUGAAAGACUGAAAUUGCUAAGAAUUCUCGAGCAAGCUGGAUUAAAAUAUCCAAAAAUAUUGUCAGAUGAAUGGAAAGAGCAUAUAAUCAAUGAGUUGAAUUUAGAAGGAUUAAAGUAUUUCGUAAGAUUAAUUAAAGGCAAUGGAAACACAGAUCAGGACAAACAAUCUAGAAGACGAGACUAUUUAUCGCACUUUAUUCUCCGUUUUGCAUAUUGUCGCAGCGAGGAACUAAGAAGAUGGUUUAUGGCUCGUGAAAUGGAGCUGUUUCGGUUCAAGUUUAGUGCACUGAGCUCUUCAGAAAUUAAGGAUUUCAUUGAAAUUUAUGAGAUGGGAUAUCGUCCCAUAAACGAUGAGCAAAAGAAUGAAAUAAGACAAGAACUACAGAAUAUGGUCACUGGAAGUGUCGAUAAUGUUGAUUUCUAUAAAGUUAAUUUCUUGUCAGUUCUGGAUCUUGUUCGUCAACGAAAAUGCUUCUUAAAAGGUGGAUAUGCUUAUGUUAGUUCUAUGGAUUUUAGCAGUAUAAUUGGAGGUCAUCAUCAAAAGUUUAUCGAAAAGGGAUUAAUGUCACAUUUAAAGUUAUUACCGGAAUUUGAGAAUGAUGAGAGAAUUGUUGGUAUUAUUAAAGGCUUGCAUACAUCAUAUGUUGGAAAGGAUUAUACAGUCAAUAAGGAAGCAGAUAUACCAAUCGAAAGUCUCAAUCAAUUGUCUUUAAAAAGUUAUCCUUUGUGCAUGAGAAUGUGCCAUGAUUCACUUAGAACCACACAUCAUUUGAAGCAUGGAGGUCGAAUUCAGUAUGGAUUAUUCUUGAAAGGUAUCGGAGUUACUCUCGAAGACUCAUUGCGGUUUUGGCGUGAAGAAUUCACUAAAAAUAUAGAACCGGAUAAAUUUGACAAGACUUAUGCUUAUGGAAUUCGUUAUAAUUACGGCAAAGAAGGUUCACGAACAAAUUGGUCACCUUAUUCAUGUAUGAAAGUUAUUAAUACAGCCCCAAAUCCACAAGAUAUACAUGGAUGUCCUUUCAAAUUAUGGGAUACAAUAGAAUUAAGAUCAAAGUUAACAACUUAUGGAUUAAAUGCUAUGGCAGUUCAAGACGUUGUAAGUUAUGCUAGUAAAGGUCAUUUUCAACUUGCUUGUGGACGCUAUUUUGAAGCUGUACAUGAGACUAAACUUGAUGAAGGAAUUACUCAUCCAAAUGCAUACUUUGAAUACAGUCAAAUAAUUAUGGGAAAUAGACUGGCUAAAGAGAAAAGUACUCCAACAUCGCAACAAUCAAACUUUAAUAAUCGUAAGCAAGUACAGAUGAAUAAACAACAAGAAUUUAAACGCAAAAUGGAUGCUAGAAUUAAGGAAGAACACGAUUUUGAUGAGGAACUUUGGAAAUUGUCACAGCACGAAGAAGAAUUGUUAACUCAAUGGAAGGCAAGACAAGACGCAACUCAAACCGAAAUUUCACAAAUUGCAUCAAUGGAUUGGAACGAUGAUAAUGAAAAUGUUGAGGAUAUGUCUCAAAUUGCUAAUUAUUUGUAAUCAUACCUUAAUUAUUCCUUUUUAAUAAACACCUUAUUUUAACGCCAA